AUGGCUAGCUUCAAGUGUAAAAAUAACAGUAAUUAUUGGAAUGAAAUUGGCACCAUCGCCCUCGACGAGACAGAUAACCUCGCCACAGCGACCCCGAGCGAGCUGCCUCCCGCGAGCGGAGACUCACGCCCGCACGCCCACGCCCCGCCCCGGCAGCGGCACUCCGAUAAUGCGCCCCCCCCCCCUCCAGCCCCGCAAAUCAUCGGGAUUCUGGCAUUGGCCUUGUUUACGAGAAGCCUCGCCAGCCGCGUAUAUCUGGGGAGGCGGUCAUUGCAUGUCAAACCACCCUAUAUCACGAACUAUCAAUUAAAUCUUGGUGCAUUGAUACGCGAGGACCGCAGCCGUGAGGACCGAGUGCUGGGCCUCGACCGCGACGAGCCCGGCGACCGUCCGACGUCUCCGCACAAGACCAAUGGGUACGGGGAGAGCGACGUCCUCAACCUGAGCAGCAAGAGCGACUCCCGGGACGACCUGAGCGACGCCCCCACACCGAGGGACGACCGCGACGACAAGGACGAAGCCCUUUCCGACGCCGAGGAUCUGGACGACAAGAAUGACCUGAGUGACAGGGAAGACUUCGACUACAGUGAACGUCCUUCACUACACUAUACCAACAACAACAACAAUCUGACCUCCACAGCCAAUAACAACAGCAGUUCAGGAGGGGGCGUGGCCAGCCUGGUUGGGGGCGUGGGAACCCUCCUGACCGGCACCCUGAGCAGCAGCAGCAGCAGCAGCAGUGUUGCCACGCCCACCAUCUCACAGUGCUCCGCCCUCCUGCCGCAGGGCGAGGACCGCCUUCCCCCAGGUCUGAGUGGACUAGCUGGGCUGAGCAUGGGUGGCAGCGGGGAGGUCACGCCCACACCGCCUCACCCACCUCUUUCUUCUCUAGAGAACCUCCUGGGCAACAUUCAGAACCUCCUGAAGGUGGCGGCGGAGAGCGUCAGGCACGAAGAGAAGCAAUGGAACAGAGAGAAAGAGCAUCUGCGACAGGAAUUUAUGCGCCAGAAGGAGAUGCGGGAGAGGUUGGAGAAGCAGCUGGUGGAGGACGAGAAGGUCAAACUGUUGUACCUGCGGAAAUUGAAGAAGGAGAAGCGGGCCCGACGACGCGUCGAGGAGGAGCUCACCGAGAAGCUGAAGCGGCUCUCGCAGUAUGAGCCGAACGCCAAGGACCUCCUCAGGGCAGCAGCCGAGUCCCUGGCCAAGGAGGGCGUUAAGAACGCUGCCGUGGCGGCGGCGGCAGCUGCGGCGGCGGCGGCGGCUUCGGGAGGGUCUUCCAGCCAAGGCGAGAACCCCCACCACAGCCCGAAGUCACACCAGCCACAGCAGCAGCAGCAGCAACAGCAGCAGCAACAGCAGCAGCAGCAACAGCAACAGGAGCUACAGGACGUGCGCACCUCACAGAGCGGUGAGUACCAGCGUCCGCCACGUGCCCCUCAGUGCUGCUCGCCCCGCGUCCGGCCCGGGCAGAGUCGUAGGGCAGAGCAGUCUAUAUCAGCAGCACAGCGACUGCCUCAUUAUAAUAGCGGUAAACCCUUCAGGAAAAAAGUAGAGGCCGCCAACACAACACAUAAAGAGACUCAUAAAAGAAAUUUCUUAGCUUUUCCCUUGUCUCGGAAAGCCGUCGACCAGCCCAGGAUUGGAGGAUAUGUUCGAGACUUUGUUUACUUUAAGAAUCCUCGGCGGGAUGGCAUUAGCAUUGUCUCGGGCCCUUGGACGCCACUUAGCGAGUGGCAGAGCUCUCGCCCUCAAAUUUUGCAAGGGGCGGCUGGAUCUCGACCGCCCUCUGACCAAGGCUUGCGAUAG